AUGAGUUCACUUAACAAUCGAAUUCAACGAACGAAUGAAAUUCAUCAGGAUGCUAGAGAAGGUCAGAAACGUCAAGCAGAUCAAUUUUUACAAAAUACAGUUAAAACACAAAAAUUAGCAAAUUUGAAUGUUGGUGAUAAUGUUUUGGUAUCGGUACCAGAUCUUGAUCGUGGUCCAACAGAUGCGCGCAAUAUAUUAGCUGUUAUAAUGGAAAUUAAACAUGACAAAUAUAAAUUAGGUACAGAAAAUGGUGUUUUAUUAGGUUAUUAUAGUUCUCAUCAAGUAUCUGAAGCACCCGGCUUACCAACAUUAUUUAUGCAAAAUAUUACGGAAGAGGAACCAAAAUCAUUGAGAGAAAUAGCGAGACUUCAGAGUGUUACCGGUGGACAAGGAAUGUUAAAAUGUCAUUGUCAAGGCGGUUGUAAAACAAAGAGAUGCAAAUGUAAACAAGCAACUGUGCUAUGUAACUCACGAUGCCAUCAAUCAGCAACAUGCGGCAAUAAAUAA